AUGCUUAGGGCUCCCCUAACGGCCUUGAGUGUCCCUUCACCUGAAGGGCCUGUCACAGAGGAGGAGGUCCGAUUCGUCAAGGUGGCUGCGGGACUGCACCACUUUGCUGCAGUGACAGCUCACGGUGUGUUGUACACUUGGGGAAGAGGUGGCUCACUGGGAGCUGGGAGCCCUCUUGGGCACGGCGACAGCAAGGACCGGUCUAGGCCCACCCUUGUAGGGCAGUUUGUUGACACUGAGGAGUUCGUGGUGGACGUCGCCUGUGGAGCAGCCAGCACCUGUGUUGUGACAAGCUCUGGACGAGUAUUCAGCUCCGGGGCUGCGGACUUUGGACUGAACGGCUCAGGGAUGCUCGUCAGCAGUAAGGUGUUUAAAGAGUUAGAGUUUUUUAGAGGGGUCCUUUCUUCGGGCUUCCUCGAGGCCCAGCGCCGUAACGAAGAAGGACAGCUGCAGCAAUUGGAAGCCUUGAGAAAGAACUGGGACCAACAAGGAGGCUCCCCAUCCUAUCUCCCCAAGAAACCCUUUGAGGCCGCACAGAACUCCACCCUGGAAACGCCAUUGGGCAGCAGUGCAGCAAGCAACUGUACUGGCCAUCUUCCUGCAGAUACUCGCGAGAGACUUCCUUCAGUGUUCUGUGGGGUUUUUCACUGUGGUCUUCUGACGCCCGAAGGCUGCUUAUGGAUGUGGGGGCGUAACAAUCGCAUGCAGCUCAGCAAGGAGAAAUCCGUAAUGGCCUCGGGUGGAGAGUCCAAUUACCCAUUGUUAGCGGAAUUCUUUACGCGGUCAGAUGUACAGCUGGAAGGCUGUGCUCUGGGGCCUUUUCAUUCCCUCGCUGUUGCUAGGAACGGCAUGGUGUACGAGUGGGGAGGAGAAAGGGCGGAGGCCCCUCAUGCCGUUGAUAUGCACUGGCGAUAUCCUGGAAGUAUUUUUAAAGGUCGAGUUACGAAAGUAGCUGCUGGGGGCGAUUCGAGCGCAACUGCUUUUUCGGCUGUUCUUACAGAGAAAGGGGAGAUCUUCUUCUGGGGCCCGGGGGCGUCCUUGCUACCCCUCGGUCAAGACGCUGCGGAAUAUCGAACCCCAGUGCGGGCAAACUCAUUUCUACCCUGCAUGAAUAACGAACAGCAGAAGGUCCCAGGCGGCAUCAGAGUAGUCGAUUUUGCUGCAGGGCCUCGGGGCUGUCUUCUGCUCACCGCGGAGAGCCCGAAAAAGCUCUAG